AUGACUGCAGCUCGUCGAGACAUCGCUCAACUGCGUGAGCAGGUCGCUUCGCUGGUCGACCAGACUGGCUCGUUGAAACGGGACCACUCGAAGGUGGUCUCGGCUUUCGACUGCAUAGGUGUUCUUCGCAUCUCGAAACGGGCUUGUACUGAUAGUACGGGCGGAGACGACCAAAGUAAAACGUAG